AUGACGUCAGAGCCGCCCCUCGGUGACGUCACCACGAGGUUUCGGUUUCCCGCCGCCCCCCGCCCAGGGCGUGACCGGUGGGCGUGGCCGGUGGGCGUGGCCGGGGGCGUGGCCCGGCGGAGGGGGCGUGGCCUGCGGGCGGAUUAUGUCAACCCCGCGGCAGCCGCAGCCCCGAGCCGGGAGCGGCGGGAGCAGGUACGGCCCGGGGGGCUCCGCCGGGAUUUGGGGGGGGUCCCGGGGGUCCCCGGCACCGCGGGUCCCCCCGAGGGCUCCGCGGGUCCCGGGCCGGGGGGCGCCGAGCGCGGGGAGCGGCUCCGGGAGGCCGCUGCCCCCCCAGUCCAGCAGCCGCCCGAGCUGACGGAGCAGCCCCCGGAGCAGCUCGUGGUGUUCCCCAGCGACGACGUCGUGCUCAAGUGCGCGGCCACCGGCAACCCCCCGGUGGAGUACCGCUGGACACGCGAGGGUCUCCCGUUCCCGUUCCCGUCGCCGUUCCCGUCGCCGUCCCCGGGCCCGGAGCUGGCGGGGGUCUCGGUGUCCCCCGGCGGGGGGACCUUGGUCAUCAACGCCAGCCUGGCCGGGCGGCUGCAGGGCCGGUUCCGCUGCGCCGCCAGCAACGCGCUGGGCACCGCGCUGUCCUCGGAGAGCCGCGUCAUCGCCGAGAACACGCCGCAGUGGCCCAAGGAGAAGGUGACCCCGGUGCAGGUGGAGGAGGGGGACCCCGUGGUGCUGCCCUGCGACCCCCCGAAAAGCGCCGUGCCCCCCAAGAUCUACUGGCUCAACAGCCGGAUCGUGCACAUCGCGCAGGACGCCCGCGUCAGCAUGGGCCAGGACGGGUUCCUGUACUUCGCCAACGCGCAGGUCGGGGACAGCCACCCCGACUACAUCUGCCACGCGCACUACCUGGGGCCCCGCACCAUCAUCCAGAAAGAGCCGCUGGACCUGCGCGUCUCCCCCAAGCUGCCGGCCUCGGGGCGCCGCGCUCUCCGGGACGGGGCGCUGAUCCUGUCCCGCCUGGAGCCCAACGACUCCAUGGUGGCCCAGUGCGAGGCCAGCAACAGCCACGGGCGGCUCCUGGCCAACGCCUUCGUCUACGUCGUGGAGCUGCCGGUGCAGAUCCCUGGGUUCUCGGUGGCCGGGGACACGCUGACCGUGGCCGGGGUGGAUUACCGGGACCAGGGCCGGUUCCGCUGCCGCGCCUGGACCCGCCUGGACGCCGCCGAGGCCGAGGCCGAGCUCCGGGUCGUGGGUGAGCCCCAAAAUCCCCGAGGGGACCCCAAAAUCCCAGAGGGAUCCCAAAAUCCGAGAGGGGACCCCAAAUCCCAGAGGGAAGAGUUCGUGGUGGAGCAGGAGGAGGGCAUCUUCUCGCCGGGCCGCUUCGUGGAGCUGCUGACGGUGCCGGCGGCGCGGCCGUGGGCGCCGCUGCCGCUGUCGCCGUACGGCCGCUACCGGUUCCGCGUCGUGGCCGUCAACGCGCUCGGGCGCGGCGAGCCCAGCGCGCCCAGCGCCGCCGUCAGCACCGGCGCGGCCGGUGAGACCAAAAUACCCAAAUCAGCCCAAAAAAUCAGAGAAAAUUCAAAAAAAUCCGGUGAAAUACCUCAACAGCCCGUGCCGCUGGUGUACCCCGAAAAUGUGGGGGUGGAGAUCCUGAACAGCACCAGCGUCCGCGUCUCCUGGAGCCUGGGCGGCGCCGCGCGCGACCUGCGGGGCCACCUGCGGGGCUACCGGGUGCUCUACUGGCACGAGCGCUGGGUGAGGGUGCCCGGCCCCCCCGAGGAGCUGCGUGUGGAGCGCCUCGGCGACUCCGCGCUGGGCCUGGAGUGGCGGCGGCCGCGGCGCCCCAACGGCGUCGUCACCGGCUACGUGCUCCAGUACCGGCUGCAGAACCAGAGCGAGGGGGGGUUCCCGCUGGAGAUCUCCUUCCCCGCCGGGACCCUGAACACGACCCUGGCCCGGCUGGAGCCGCGGGGCCGCUACCGGCUGGAGCUGCGCGCCCGCACCCGGCACGGCCCCGGCGCGGCCCUGGUGCGCCUGGCCAGCCUCGCCCCCGAGCCCGUGCUGCCGGUGCUGGGCACGGUGGGGGUCGGGGAGGUGGGCGAGGAUUUCACCGAGCUGCGCUGGACCCUGGCCCAGCCCCAGGCCAACAUCGAGUUCGAGGUCGACCCCAAAAUCCAUCCCGGGGAGCGCGUGGCGUUCUGGGAGAGCGAGGUGCACACCAACGGCACCAGUGAGCCCCAAAAACCCCCAAAAUCACCCCAAAAAUCANUCCAUCCCGGGGAGCGCGUGGCGUUCUGGGAGAGCGAGGUGCACACCAACGGCACCAUGCUGCCGCGCCCCGCGGGCGGUUUCGCCACCGAGGGCUGGUUCAUCGGCUUCGUCAGCGCCGCGGUGCUGCUGCUCCUCCUCCUCCUCAUCCUCUGCUUCAUCAAACGCAGCAAGGGGGGCAAGUAUUCGGUGAAGGACAAGGAGGACACGCAGGUGGACUCGGAGGCGCGGCCCAUGAAGGACGAGACCUUCGGCGAGUACCGCUCCCUGGAGAGCGACGGCGAGGAGAAGGCGUCGGGCAGCUCCGGGCGCUCGCUGGGCGCGGCGGGCGCGGCGCUGGGCAGCGACGACAGCCUGGCCGGCUACGGCGGCAGCGCCGACGUGCAGUUCAACGAGGACGGCUCCUUCAUCGGCCAGUACAGCGGCGCCCGCGGCACCGCCGCCGGCAGCUCCGGCCCCGCCAGCCCCUCGGCCGCCGCCCCGCUCGACUGA